AUGGCUACGUCUUACCCGACUCUCGCGCCUUUCAUUUUCAAGCGGCCUUGGCUGCAGAACAUGCUCAAGCCCGUCGCAAGCUGGUAUACAAAUGCCGCCGGGUACCGCCAACUUGGUCUUCGAGCCGACGAUCUGAUUGUCGAGGAGGACGAGAACGUCAUCAAGGCAUUGAAGCGCCUGCCGCCGAAAGAAGCUUACGACCGUGUCUACCGACUCCGACGUGCGUUCCAAGCCAGCACCGUCCACAAGCUGCUCCCCAAGGAGGAGUGGACCAAGCCUGAGGAGGACGUCCCGUACCUACAACCUUUGAUCGACCAGAUCCACGCCGAGGAGAAGGAGAAGCAGGCCUUGGACACUCUGACCAUCGUUCGAAACCAUUAA